GUCCGCUGCCUCGACUCCCUCCCACACGCCGCACGAGGUCGCGACUGUCCGCUGCCCCGGCUCCCUCCCACGCGCCCCUCCCACGCGCCGCACGAGGUCGCUCAACGCCGCCGCCAGGUCGCUCCUGCCCGCCAGCGCCGCGGCCAGGAUCCCUGCCCACCACCGUCGCCGCCCUGCCCGCCACCGACGCCGCCAGGGCGCCCCUGCCCGACACCAGCGAGCCCCUGCCGAGGACGCGCCCUUGCCGAGAACGCGGACACCAGCGAGGGCCGCUGCCGUCACGCGCCCAGCCGAAGGUGCCCCUGCCCGCCACCGACGCCGCCCUGCCCGCCAGGGCGCCAAAGACGCCGCCAGGGCGCUCCUGCCCGCCAGCGCCGCGGCCAGGACCCCUGCCCGCCACCGUCGCCGUCCUGCCCGCCACCGACGCCGCCAGGGCGCCCCUGGUCGCCACCGACGAGCCCCUGCCGAGGACGCGCUCCUGCCGAGGUCGCGGACACCAGCGAGGGCCGCUGCCGUCACGCGCCCAGCCGAAGGUGCCCCUGCCCGCCACCGACGCCGCCCUGCCCGCCACCGACGCCGCCAGGGCGCCCCUGGUCGCCACCGACGAGCCCCUGCCGAGGACGCGCCCCUGCCGAGGACGCCGACACCGGGGAACGCCGCUGCCGUCACGCGCCCAGCCGAGGACGCCGACACCGGGGAACGCCGCUGCCGUCACGCGCCCAGCCGAGGACGCCGACACCGGGGAACGCUGCUGCCGUCACGCGCCCAGCCGAGGACGCCGACACCGGGGAACGCCGCUGCCGUCACGCGCCCAGCCGAGGACGCCGGCACCGGGGAACGCCGUCGCCGUCACGCGCCUAGACGAGGACGCCGGCACCUGAACAUCCCUGCAGGUCUGCGAUGGGUGAUCCGCGAGAAGCCCGCCCUGCGUUUGGCGACAUAUCAAACACUAUCAGUCGUAAAAGCGCCGAUGAAACAAAUGAGGAGAAAAUAAAGAGGGAAGAGAGAAAUAGAAAACAACGUGAAUACCGCGCACGUAAGAGGGCCCAGGAAACCAGUGAACAAAGAGAAGAACGGAAUAGGAAGCAACGUGAAUAUCGUGCAAUGAUAAGAGCUGCAACAGUGGCAAAUACACCUGGUCAGGGUGAUAAUAAAAAACCACACCUGGUCUGCGAUGUAGAACCUAUAUCCGGUGCCACUGAUGUCCAAAUGACCGAAGCAGUGCAUUCGACCUUGGCACCGUCUCUGUCACCAUAUCUCUUAGGAGAAAAGUCACCACAAGAAACUGGUGUUUCAGCCAUUUGCCAGCCAUCAAUACAUCUUGGACAAGAAAAUAUUGAUCUUACUGAUUCUAUGGACUGGCUGCAUAGGAAUGAUCAGUACGUUAGAAAACAAAGACCACCAUUGGCGCCUUUGCAGACUGAAAGUUCAAACGGCACCGUAAUUAAUCCAGGUGCCACUUCAGACAAUAUCAAACUGCUUAGAAGUCGGAGUUGGUACAUAAAUAUGGAUGCCACAAAGAAGGCAAAAUUGCUGCAACAGAGACGAGACUAUAAAAGAGCAAGAGCAGUUGAUAGCAGCAACCGAUCGUGCCCUACUCUUCCGGAUGAACAAAAUGAUAGCCGCAUGCUUCAGACACAUGUAAAGCCGAUGUGUACAGACGCCAAUUAAAAUGUGCAUUGGAGCAUGAUAGAAACCUUGACCGAGGCAAGUGGAAGAAUCUAGAUGUCUCAACAUGGAGUAUUAUUGAGAAGAUCCAAGAGCCAAUGCAAAAAGAUGGAAUAUCGUGCGGUCUAUGGAUGGUAAACUUUAUGGAAUAUUGGACGGGAUCUUCCCUCUCUGAUGAAGUAACUCAGGAUGAUAUCAAUAAUUUUAGGUUUAAGCUACCUGCUAUAUUGUGGGAUUCUACAUCAAACAUUAGGAAUGUACACCGAGAACUCAAACAACCAAGUGCAGGCGGAGAUAGUCCAAGUGAUGUUGAAAUUAUUGAUAUUACGACCGAUGUGCCUAAACCAUCUACCAGAAUAUUCAUGAACAGAAAGGAAUUGUUGCAUCGGGUGAGCACAUACAUAUGGUCGAUUGAUAAUCAAGAGUGGUUAGACAAAGAAUGGGUCCUGAGCACCACACCAUAUCCGAUCUCUAUAAGUCUCAGGACAAUCAGAGAUAUUUUAGAUAAAAGCAAACCCAUGGAUAGUAGAUGCUUCAAUAUGGCUGUUCGGACGGUAGCAUGCAACGAAGCUAGGUUUAUUAUAGAAGAAGACAAAUGGUGCUUCAUGGAUCUCAAGUUCUGUGAUAUAGCUCAGAUUGGACGAGAUACACGGUGUCGUGACGAGAUAAACUACGAAGAGCUAGCAGGAUUGUUUGAAUGUUGGACCCCGUGCUACUAUAUUAAAGACUGCAGCACUGUUCUAUUGCCAUAUCAUCGAGAUAGGCUCUAUAUUUUAUUCAUAAUAGAUAUGAGGAAGAAAAUAGUGUACAUUAUGGACCCGCUUGCUCCUAAACUAAAGUACACAGGCACUGAUAGAUGUAGUCCAUAUCUAACUACAUUACAUGAUAUUGCCUAUCAUUUCAACCAUGCCAUGAAAUUGGCAAAUGCUACAUGGAACAUUGAUAUUUCUGAGUGGCAUCCUGAAGUUCCAACAUGGACUCCAAAAAAUUAUUCCUGGAAAGUGUCCGGCUUCCUUGUAUACAGUUAUUUAAAAGAGUGGGACGGGAAUAGAUUGUUUGUCCACCCUGGUGGAGGUUCGCUGAGGACGGAAUGUUUGGUGGACAUUCUACAGAGUAAUCAAAAUGAACGUGCAAACAUUAUCCCUGAAGAGCUUCGAGAUCUACUUAAGCAAUUAGGAACUUAUUUGUAGUAUAAAUAUAUGAGACAUAGCUUUAUUAUUCCUUCUUAUUCAUGAGUGUAUUUUGGACUUUAUUAAUUAUCAUACGCAAUUGUCUGAGACUAUAAACUAUAAAAAAUAUAUCGUUGUUUCGU